AUGUCGCCAAAAUUGUUUAUUACUGUUCUUGAGCAUGCAUUCAAAAUGCUGGCUUGGCAACAAAAAGGAAUAGUUAUCGAUGGAGAGAGACUCAACCACCUACGCUUUGCGGAUGAUAUCGUUAUAGUGUCAGAUAGUCUGGGAGAGAUCAAAGACAUGCUUCAAGAACGUAACGAUGCAUUACACGAGAUUGGACUAACAAUACAUUUUGACAAGACUAAGAUAAUGACUAAUAUGGUGCCCAGCGAACACAUACAAAUUCACAACAACAGAAUUGAAUUAGUCCACAAAUAUGUAUACUUGGGCCAUGAGAUCAAAAUAAGCAGAGAUAACCAAACCUGUAAACUGGCUAGACGAAUUACCUUGGGAUGGGCGGCUUACGGAAAAAUGAGGGACAUCUUUAGAGCAAAUAUCCCAAUACACCUGAAAAGAAAGGCAUUUAACCAAUGUAACUGGAUUGCAACAGCUAAAAACCGCGAGAACUGGAGACGUUUGGAGGAGGCCUAUGUUCAACUAUGGACGUGA